AUGUCCUCAUACGUGAUCAAUGGAGCCUCGAGUGGCAUUGGCUUCGAAUUUCUACGACAGCUCUCUCUUAAUCCAGCCAAUACCGUCAUCGGCCUAGUUCGCAACGUCAAACUUGUUGAAGCUAAGGCGAAAACGGAGAUAAACAGAAGCAAUGUUCAUAUCAUACAUGGAGAUCUGGACAGCUACGAAGUACUCAAAGGAGCAAGCGAAGUCACCGCGAAAAUCACUGGUGGAAGCCUCGACUAUCUCAUUGCCAACGGAGCUCUCCUGCCCACAGAUUCCAAUUAUGUUGGUUUUGGAAAAUUGGGAGAAAACCCUGCAGCUCUAGAAGAAGAGCUCUUCGCAGGUUGGAAGACCAAUGUCGUCGGGAACAUUCAUCUGUUCAACCUGUUCCUGCCCUUACUCUUGAAAGGCAAGCAGAAGAAGGUGGCUUUCAUCUCUUCGGGACAUGCCGACCUAGAUCUUAUAUCAAAAUACGAGAUCGAAAUAAGCGGACCUUACUCCCUUGGAAAGGCCGCCACGAAUGUCGUCGUGGCGAAGUUCCAUGCCGAGUAUGCCAAGGAUGGGGUGCUUUUCAUGAGCAUCAGCCCGGGAGUAGUCGACACUGGACAUUUUGACCUUGCCAAACUGACGGAGGAAGAGCGCAAGGGUUUUAUGGCAAUGUCAGCCAAGUUCCAACAAUAUGCGCCCCAUUUCACAGGUCCGAUGAGCCCUGAGGAAUCUGUCAAGCAAGUCAUCUCAGUCUAUGAGAAAGCGAGCCUUGCGAAUGGCGACGGAGGUUCCUUUGUUUCUCACCUUGGAACCAAGCAGUGGCUUUGA